GAGAAAUCCUAUGCCACCAAACAAAAGGGACACUUGUUCAAUUGAGAGUUGGACCCCCCCGGACAAUCCCUCCAUCCCUCCACCUUUGGCCCGCGCAAGACUCAGCGGGAGUUGUCUCCGAGUGGGGUUGACUGAUGUUAGUUGGUCCAACCUCUCUACAAACCAUUUGUACCCUCCCGUAGCUUUCUCUACAGUACGGUACAUGCGACUGUGGAUGUGGGUGUAAAUGUACGUUACCUGUCCUCAAGUUCCAACUACAAAACUCUCCUCCAUCUUCCCUCCACUUCCCAAUUCAAAUCUUCCUCCUCCUCCUCUUCUUCUUCCUCCUCCUCCCCCUUCCUUUAUAUUGCCUGCCCUGUCCUGUCCUGUUCAGCGGAACCUUCUCUUUGUGUUUUAUAGGUUACCCCGUCAAAAAGACAGCCCAUCAUGCACCACAAGAAGAUCGCCUGCAGCUUCAUGGCUGCUCUGGCUGCCUAUGCCUCUGCUGCCGACUCAGAUGUUCAUCAGCUAACCAAGGACACCUUCGAGGAGUUUGUCAAGUCCAACAAUCUCGUCCUCGCUGAGUUCUUUGCUCCCUGGUGCGGUCACUGCAAGGCCCUCGCCCCCGAGUACGAGGAGGCCGCCACAACUCUCAAGGAGAAGAACAUCAAGCUUGCCAAGAUUGACUGCACUGAGGAGUCCGACCUCUGCAAAGACCAGGGCGUCGAGGGUUACCCCACCCUCAAGGUCUUCCGUGGUCUUGACAAUGUCACUCCCUACUCUGGCCAGCGCAAGGCCGCUGGUAUCACUUCCUACAUGAUCAAGCAGUCCCUCCCCGCUGUCUCCAUUCUCACAAAGGACACCCUCGAGGAGUUCAAGACCGCCGACAAGGUUGUCGUCGUCGCCUACCUCAACGCCGACGAUAAGAGCUCCAACGAGACCUUCUCCAAGCUCGCCGAGGGUCUCCGUGAUACUUACCUAUUCGGUGGCGUCAACGACGCAGCUGUUGCCGAGGCCGAGGGUGUCAAGGCCCCCGCCCUGGUUGUCUACAAGUCUUUCGAUGAGGGCAAGAACACCUUCACCGAGAAGUUCGAGGAGGAUGCUAUUGCCUCUUUCAUCACCACCUCUGCCACCCCUCUCAUUGGUGAGGUCGGUCCUGAGACCUACUCCAGCUACAUGUCCGCUGGUAUCCCCCUCGCAUACAUCUUCUCCGAGACUCCUGAGGAGCGCAAGGAGCUUGGUGAUGCCCUCAAGCCCAUCGCUGAGAAGUUCAAGGGCAAGAUCAACUUCGCCACAAUUGACGCCAAGGCCUUCGGCGCUCACGCCGGUAACCUGAACCUCAAGGCUGACAAGUUCCCCUCUUUCGCCAUCCAGGAGGUUGUCAAGAACCAGAAGUUCCCCUUCGACCAGGAGAAGGAGAUCACACAUGACAACAUCGCCAAGUUCGUUGAGGACUUUGCCGCUGGCAAGAUUGAGCCCAGCAUCAAGUCCGAGCCCAUUCCCGAGACCCAGGAGGGCCCUGUCACUGUUGUCGUUGCCAAGAGCUACAACGACAUUGUCCUCGAUGACACCAAGGAUGUCCUAAUUGAGUUCUACGCUCCUUGGUGCGGUCACUGCAAGGCUCUCGCCCCCAAGUACGAUGACCUUGCUUCUCAGUUCGCCGCUUCCGAGUUCAAGGACAAGAUUGUCAUCGCCAAGGUUGACGCUACCCUCAACGAUGUUCCCGAUGAGAUCCAGGGUUUCCCUACCAUCAAGCUCUACCCCGCUGGUGCUAAGGACGCUCCCGUCACCUACCAGGGCUCUCGCACUGUCGAGGACCUCGCCAACUUCAUCAAGGAGAACGGCAAGUACAAGGCCGAGCUCCCCGUCAAGGAGGAGGGCACCGAGGAGGCCGCCCCCGCCGCCAGCGAGGAGAAGAAGGAUGCCGAGGAGGAAGAUGUCCAUGAUGAGCUGUAAAGAAUUGAUGUCAACAAACAAUGAUAGUACACAAAAUGGGGUAUAUCUGAUUUUUUUCUUUUUUGGGCGCGGGUUCUUUUUGGUGCUCACAUUUGAAUGCACCUCUCUAGGUUUUAGUUUUCGUGGCAAUGGGACCAUUUCAUGACUUGACUACUAUUUUGAUCUCUGUC